CGUCUCUAUGACCCAACCCACCUCCUAGAGCGCCUCACCCCCCUCUGGUGGCCGCUCUCUCUCGGCUCUAUCGCGCAGCCGGACGUGACGUCAGCACGUCGCAGACGCAGAGCGGCAGCGGCCUGAGGCGGAGGCAGCGGCCGGAGGCUCCGGAGCCAUGUCCUCCACGUCGCAGAAGCAUCGGGACUUCGUGGCCGAGCCCAUGGGGGAGAAGCCGGUGGGGACCCUGGCGGGCAUCGGGGACGUGCUGGGCAAGAAGCUGGAGGAGAAGGGAUUCGAUAAGGCAUAUGUGGUACUGGGCCAGUUCCUGGUGCUGCGCAAGGACGAGGAGCUGUUCCGGGAAUGGCUGAAGGAAACGUGUGGAGCCAACGCUAAACAGUCCCGGGAUUGCUCCGGCUGCCUGCGGGAAUGGUGCGAUGCCUUCCUCUGAGCCCCCCCGUGGGGCACCCCACACCCCCCCCCAUCCCCUCCACCAGCCACGGGGGUCCCAUUCACAUCAGGGCCCCCCCAAACUGUGGUGCUGCCCCCCCCAACCCCCCAAUGUUGGGGUUUUCCCUUCCAAAACCAUCCCUAUGGACGGGGUCUGGGAUGCCUCCAUCACCACCUGGAUCACACCAUGGGGGUGUGGGGGGGGUGUCGUGUGUGUCCCCCCCCCAGGUUGUGUUGAUAUUGCCUCUAUCCCCAUGGAGGAAGGGGGGGGUUUGGGGUAUUCCAUCCUUCCAGCACUGGGGGGGUUUGUGUCAUUUUGGGGUGCCCCCCCCCCCCUUUGCUUCCAGUUUGUUUGUAUGGAUUUUCUAAACAAUAAAGGUUUUGCUGUGCUGGG